AUGUCCGUCUUGGUCAAGGGGUGGGGGCGGGGGACGUGUAAAAUCAAUCAUAUAAGGGACGAUGACAUUUCGUCUUCUGAGAGUGAAGGUGACGACGCUAACGUCGCGGUCCCGUUAGAAGAAUUAAAUGUUGGAACUCAGCAUAUGAUCACGGAGGAGAUGCGGUUCCGCCUGAGGCGAAAGGAGAAACUUUCAGUCCAGGACGACGAACUCGGACGGUUGCGCGAAGCCAUGCGCCGCCAGGUAUUUGCUUCAGGACUAUUGCAACCCGGGCAAUCAGCGGGAGUGGCACCUCGAAGGGCGGAAAUUAUCUUUAGUUGUGCCGUAGAGAUUCAAUCGAGUGGGCUCAUGGAAGAGGCACCAACUGCGUCACCCCGUGUGGGAGACACUUCCGCAUGGUUGAAGCAACUGCGAAAGUUCAUACUUGACCGUGUCCCGUUUCAGCGGUCCGUUCGUGUCAUGGUUCCCCGAACUUGGCUCGCGAGGGCACAAGAAACUGAUGUUGUAUAA